ACGCAGCUCCAGCUUCACCUUGCGGGAGCGCGCUCGUGUGCACAGUCACGCCGACUAUUGUUUUUUAUAUCAACAGUGAGACCACCGGCCGACAAGACAGCACCAGCUGGGCGACCACUACUGGGAUUUCUUCACCAUGACUGACGAACAAGAAAUCAUGUGCAAAUUAGAAAACAUCCUGGAAGUCCGGAACAAAACAAUCCAGAUGCAGAAGAUCAAGUCUCGCCUGAAGAUUGAGUUUGAGGCCCUGGAAUCUGAGGAGAAGCAUUUAAAAGAGUACAAGCAAGAGAUGGAUCUUCUCCUGCAGGAGAAGAUGGCGCAUGUGGAAGAGCUGCGGCUAAUCCAUGCAGAUAUCAAUGUGAUGGAAAGCACCAUCAAGCAGUCUGAAAACGACCUGAACAAGUUGCUAGAAACGACCCGGCGCCUGCACGAUGAGUACAAACCUCUGAAGGAGCAUGUUGAUGCACUGAGGAUGACUUUGGGUCUGCACAGACUCCCGAACCUGAACGAAGAAGAGGAGAAGCUCUCGCUGGAUUACUUUGAGAAGCAAAAAGCAGAGUGGCAAAAGGAGCCACAUGAGCCCGCUAUCCCAGAAUCCCUCGCUGCAGCUGCAGCGGCGGCCCAGCAGCUUCAGGUGUCCCGAAAGCAAGACGCCCGCCAGACAGCCACCUUCAGACAGCAACCACCACCAAUGAAGGCUUGCCUGUCGUGCCACCAGCAGAUUCAUCGCAACGCUCCCAUCUGCCCCCUGUGCAAGGCCAAGAGUCGCUCACGCAAUCCGAAGAAGCCCAAGAGGAAGCCAGACGAGUAGACUCGACUCGCUGUUUACAGCCAACUGGCCCAGAACGCUGAUCCAGGAUCAGUCAUGCGCACAGAAGCGACUGCUCAACACAUUUGGACAACUUUAACUAAUUCUAGUAUUAUUACCUUAUUCGCUUUCAGUCAACACUGAACCAGGAUCAAAUCAUAUCGACGUUGUGCGUUUAAUAUGUAACUGUUUGACUUCCUCAUUAGGUUUAUUAGCCGUCAUUUUUAUCCUCCAUGUUUAUUGCCUUAGAUACUGUAUCGUAUUAUACUGUUUGCUUUUUAUUUCUGUGCAUGCAUGCUUCCUUGGUAUUGUGAUUUGUGCCAAAAAUAGGUUUCAUUGCUACAUUAACUUAAAUAAUGUUGUUUUAAUGUUUACAGUGAUUAAGUGACCACACACCUCCAUGGGGUCAAACGUCCAGACUUGUUUGCUUUAAAUUGUGUUUUAAUACAGUGAUAUGAAAAUAAAUGUCUUUUUUUAUACCAAG